ACGUGUGUCGAUUAUCGAGGUCACUCGUCAGUGGAACUGUUACCCGGCACGUGUGUUUUCAACGUGAAAGUUUUCACCGUUGCAUAAGAUUAUAUCGAGAUAAUUUGUGUAUUUUGACAAAAAAAAAUUUCUAAAAGAGAUCAGUGAAACAAAAGUGUGCGUUUAAUUGUUAUAAACUGGAGAUCAAAAACGAGAGAAUUCCAACUUUUAGUGAAGUGUGUAAGAGAAUACCAGAAAAUAGUAAAUCGAGUGAGCAGAGACAAAUAUUCACAGAUAUGACACGUUGCCAAAGUCUACAAUCCUACGCUUCAUCUACGAUGUCUGAUAGUGGAAACUUAUCAUGGACCGAACAAAAAGAAAUAUUUAGAUAUCCUAGAGGCACUAUAACGUGUGGUAUGUUACCAACAUUACGAGCUCUAGCAUCCAAGGAAUGCGAGAAUAACCAGAGUGUUAUUUGUCUUGUACCAUUCGACACGGAUAUGGAUUCUGCCAGUCAUCUGCAAAUGAUCUUGUUGGAGGCAUAUUGUCGUGAGACGGGAAUUAAGGUGUUAAGAGUAUCCAGAGAAAGAAUACGAAACCAUCUAUGUCCUGAAAGCGGCGAUUUAUCCUGCGUACUCAUCUCCAAUGACGAUCCAUACUUCUCAGAUGCACCGGAGUGAAUUUGAAAUAUAUUCAUUUAUCAAGAAUGAAUUUUUUUUCGACUGGAUGCAGUCACGUAAUCAUAUCAAGAAAUUCUGAAAAAGAAUAGUCGGAUAUUGGAUAGGUGGCAGGAAACACAUCUUCAAUAGUGACAUUUUCGAUACGGAGAGAGAAAUCGAUUUUGAACUCGAAGUUGAACAGAACAUAUCGAUAA